CUGAAACCGAAAGUGAAGUUACCUACUACAUUUUCUUCGGCUCGGCUCGUCGGUGUCUCGUCUGAGCAGACAUGUCGGUUAGAAAGCUGCUGCUUGAGGUUCUGGAAGAUUUGCUUCAAGAAGACUUCAAAACCUUUAAGUGGCACCUCGGGGACGUCGUCCUGAAAGACCUUGAGCCGAUCCCCAAAUCCCGCCUGGAGGCCGCGGACCGAACCGACACCGUGGGAAGGAUUUUGGAGAGCUACGGCGAAAAAGACGGCGUGAGGAUCACCGUGGAGGUCCUGAAGCUCAUCCGCUACUGUCACUCUGCAGAGAAGUUGAUGAACACAUACAAAGCAGGAGGAGGGGCAGCUUCAUCCUCUGCACCUGGUGGUGCACCUGGUGGUGCAGCUCCUGCGGCUCCAUCAGCACCUGCUGUUGCUCCGUCCACCAUGACGGCUCAGGACCAAGGUGUCCUCUUCGCCCCGUUAUUCGCCGGGGGCACCGUUGGGACAAUGAAUGUAACCAUAAACAAAUGAAAGACAUCUAGAUUAAGGGAAUACACACUCAGGUUUUUUUUUCUUUUUUCAACGUAAUUCAAUUUCUUUUUGUUAUUGCCCAGAUUGAGAUUCACUGUGGUUCACCACAAACAGUUGAGCCUUUGCUAAGCCCCUCCCCCUCGCCGCUGCUCCACCCGACCGUACGGCCGACGCUGACCCAAAGUCGGCCGCAGUUUGAGACCCACGAUGCGAAGGCUCUCUGUGGUCCUGAUGUCAUCAGAGAGCUCGGACAGCAAAGUUAAUAAUUAUAGUGAUAGCAAUAGUUGUGUGUUGUAGAAAUACACAAUUGUACUAUAAACAUUUGCCAUUUUAAAAUGUUUACUGUAGAAAUACAUGUAUUUAUAAAACACCUGAUAUUAAAGAUGUGUUUUUUUUAAGCAUCAACAGGCAGCUGUUAAUUGCCUGUGGACCGAUGGGGCUUUUUCUAGUCCUCGUUUGGAGAAAUAUACAAAUAUACAACUUUUGUUUAUUGAAUCGUUUUUUCAUAACUUUUUCAUCUCGGAUACCUCUUCAAGUCCACCCUUUUUUAAUAAAUGAAGCAGAACUUUGGGAGAGGAGUGAA